GAACUCAAGUCUGCUGGCGUUCAUCAGCCCAAAUUUGCUGCUGAACUUACUGAGAACAGGGGAAAAAAUAGAUACAACAACGUCUUACCAUAUGAUAUUUCUCGUGUUAAACUUUCAGAUCAAAGCUCUCCAACUGAUGAUUAUAUUAAUGCAAACUAUAUGCCUGGCUAUAACUCAAAGAAGGCAUUUAUUGCUGCACAGGGUCCUUUACCCAAUACGAUAGAAGACUUCUGGCGCAUGAUUUGGGAAAAGAAUAUCUACUCUAUUGUUAUGUUGACAAAAUGUGUUGAACAAGCCCGGACAAAAUGUGAGCAAUACUGGCCAGACAAACAAUCCAAGAGCUAUGGUGACAUUAUUGUGACAAUGGUCUCGGAGAUUGUCCUUCCAGAAUGGACAAUAAGGGACUUCACUGUAGAAAAGUCCAACACACCAGAGAGCCACACACUGCGCCAGUUCCAUUUCACCUCCUGGCCAGAUCACGGAGUGCCGGAAACAACAGACCUUCUCAUCAACUUUAGACACCUUGUUCAUGAGUACAGCAGUCAAAAUCCAAUCAACUCUCCUACUCUGGUGCACUGCAGUGCUGGUGUUGGGAGGACAGGGACGUUCAUUGCCAUUGACCGCCUGAUUCAGCAGAUUGAAAUGGAGAACACUGUGGAUGUGUAUGGAGUGGUAUAUGAUCUUCGCAUGCACCGACCUUUAAUGGUGCAAACUGAGGACCAGUACGUCUUCCUAAACCAGUGUGUUAUGGAUAUUAUUAGAUCACAGAAAGACAAGAAAACCGAUCUUAUUUACCAAAACAUGACAGCAAUGGCAAUCUAUGAAAAUUUCACACCUGGGCCAGGCUUCGGGAAGGCCAAUGGCUACCACGCAUAGCCAUAGGGAGGAACGCAGUGUCUCCAGGAGGUGUUCUCUGCGCAUAGGAAAGGGAGACGUUCUACUUGUGUUUUCCGGGAUUGUGUGCAGUGUCUCACGUCUGGCUUCUCCAGUUCUGGCCGCAUUCGAAGAUGUGAUCUACAGGAGGAAAAACACAAUGCUGGCAGGAGCCGCAGAUUGAUAUUAAAAAAAAAACAAAACCCAAGCAAAACUAUUUAAAGUUAACAGAGGAAUCUUGCUUUUUCUUGGGAAUUUAACAGUGCUGAUAGGUGAAAUAGCAUUCACAGUAUGAACAGUGAACUAGAAUUUAAAUAUUAAAAUAAUAACACAAGCUUUUUAUUACAAUUUUAUAUGAUUUCAUUUACAGACACCAGGCUUGUGGGCUGUUUUAAUAUAUUUAAUUAUAAGUUUCAGGAACAUAUUUUAUCUACUGUAUCUGGUUACUUAGCUAAUAGAUAUGUGCCUCUGUGAUUUAUUUUUUUCCUGUGUUCCUUUUUAUUUAAAA